AUGAAGAGAAUUCUGGCGGCAGCGUUGUUGCUUGCCGUCGCAACGGCGCAGGACAAUGCUUGUGAGGACGACGGUGGGAAUUUCUACUGCCAGCUAGUCAAUGCGAUCACAUACACCUCAGUCGGCGGCUCGGGCACCUACCAGAAGAUCACAGACAUGGACUCGACGUCAGGAUCAUGCGCAAGCUCGCCCUACGACUACGCCGGAAGCAUCGCACCCCUGGACGAAGAGGUCUCAUGGCACGUCCGCGGUCCCACCAUCCUCAAGCAGUUUGCUGCCUACACCCCGGACGCCCCAACAGUCAAGAAGUCCAAGCGUAACCAGCAUGUGCGACGCCACGCGCAGGGCAGCGGCAGCAACCACAAGCACCACGGAGACCGAAUACAAGAGCGACAGGUCGGUGCCACUGUGACCGCUACCAUUGAAGGCAUCGUGCAGACUUGGAUCAACGAGUACGAUGGCUUGCCAACCGAGACUACAAGCACCGCAGAGGCAGACUAUCCGAGCGGUACGGGAUUUCCGGCAAACAUGUUCAACUCGACGGAUCCAAGCAACAUCACUGUGACUGGCAACGGCUGGGGCCGCAACGCAUUCUACAACGCCGACAACCAGACAUCUGAAGGCCUUGUCUUCUUGAACCACUUCGGCGGAUCGGGAUCUGGAGUCUUCGACUACAGCUUCGGUAACUCGCUCUCGUACGCCGGCGCAGACGGUAAUUGCGGCGCUUCAGGCCCAGAGACGCUGGCGAGAACCACCCUCCCAUCUAGCGCCGAAGUCGUCUUGAUGAGCGAUCAGCAAUGCGAAGACGACAGCUGCGGCUACGUGCGCCCUGGCACAGUUGCUCAUCAUGGCUGGGACGGCACUCGCAAAGCCUUCUUCUUCGAGUUCCAAAUGCCUGACUCAGGUGAGACGACCAACAACAUCUACGAUCCUGUGAAUAUGCCGGCAAUCUGGAUGCUCAACGCACAGAUCCCACGCACGCUACAGUACGGCAACGAAGACUGCUCGUGCUGGGGCUCCGGAUGCGGCGAGUUCGACAUGUUCGAGGUACUAUCCCCAGGCUCGACGAAAGCGAAAAGCACGCUGCACGGCAACAAGGCGGGCGGCGAUAGCAACUACUUCGACCGUCCGCUGGACAAGACGAUCAAGGUCGGGAUGGUGAUGUACGACGAUAAUAUCCACAUCAAGGUGCUUGACGACGACAUGGAGUUCCCGAGUAUGAUGGAUGAGGAGACGAUCAAUGAGAUCUUGCAGAGCACGAUUGAGGCGAGCAUGAUGGUGUCAUUGUUUAGUCUGGCGGAGUCGGCUGCUGGAUAG